AUGGGCAAGACGAACGGCGCAAAGGAUCAGCCUGACGCUGGGUUGAGGAGUCUGGACCACUAUGCAACCCAACUGCCACUCUGGCGCUACUGGCCACGACAGAAGCUGAUUCCUCUCGUCCGAUAUGAGACGCCAUACUUAGCCUGGGUGCAGGAGAAAGUCCGCACCCCAACGCUAGACUCGUACUUUGCGUUCACGGCGAACCUCGGCACACACACGUUUUUCAUGGUCUUUUUGCCCUUUCUGUUUUGGUGCGGCCAUACCAGUCUAGGUCGAGGACUCGUGCAUAUUCUCGCGUCCGGCGUCUUCUUCAGCGGUUUCAUCAAGGACUUGCUAUGUCUGCCUCGGCCCUUAUCUCCCCCGCUACAGCGGAUCACCAUGUCCGGUUCUGCUGCACUCGAAUACGGAUUCCCCUCGACGCAUUCUACCAACGCUGUCUCGGUCGCCGUCUACGCUAUCGCGCUGCUCAAUUCGCCUGAUUCGACGGUCCCCGCGCAAACCAACUUUAUUCUCCAGGCAAUUACAUACCUCUACGUGACAUCAAUUGUGCUGGGUCGGCUAUACUGCGGCAUGCAUGGAUUCUUCGAUGUGAUUGUUGGUUGCAUUCUAGGCGCGUUGAUCGGCUUGGUUCAGUUUAGUUACGGCCCGGCUUUUGACGAGUAUAUUCUGUCUGCAACGCUAAAGGAAAUCUUGGUCAUUCCCAUUGUCAUUCUGAUUCUCGUGCGUAUUCAUCCAGAGCCAGCGGAUGAUUGCCCUUGUUUCGAUGACAGUGUCGCGUUCGCUGGUGUGACGCUUGGCGUGGAUGUGGGCUCCUGGUAUUUUACCACCUCCAGCCUGGCCUGGGCUGACCCUCUCCCGGGCACGAUCCCAUAUAACUAUGAGAGCAUUGGAUUGAUUAAAACUGUGUUCCGCCUGGUUGUUGGUGUGCUGUGUGUUUUUGCCUGGAGAGAGAUCACGAAACCAACUCUGUUGCGCAUCCUCCCUCCCAUCUUCCGCAGUCUUGAGAAAGUUGGCCUACUUUUGCCCCGUCGCUUUUUCACCACCGCAUCCCGGUAUACCACCGUUCCCACUAAUUUGAAGGACAACGAAGUGUUCCCCAACUUCUCGGAUAUUCCUUCCAUCAUCACCACUAUCCGCCAUCCUCGCCGUCGUGCAAUCUCCAUCGGUCCUCAGUCCGAAGCCGACGCAUAUGAGACUCUCGCUUACCGGGAGAAGCGACGACGUGAGAGUCUAUCAGGAAGCAACCGUGACUCCCCCGCCGAUGAGAACGGUAGACCUAAUGGUGGACCAGUAUUGUCCAGGAAGCCAUCCAAACUGGACCAAUACGAGCACAUGAUGGGUACCGGAAGUCCCAACUCAUCCAUGGUCGAGGAUGAUUCCAAUAUCCCUCGCUCAUCGCCGCUUCCACCUCCAGAAUAUGGUGGAAUUCGCCGAACGGAUGAGAAGGAGGUCUUCUCUCAAAUUAAGAAGCCUCGGGUACGGUACGACGUAGAGGUUGUUACCAAGCUGGUUGUAUAUGCAGGGAUUCCAUGGGUUGUCAUCAACGUGGCGCCCCCCGUUUUUGAAAUGAUUGGACUCGGAGUUCCCUCUUAG